AUGGGAAAUUGCUAGAGUGAAGAACUCAGUAUUUCUGAAUUGGAAUUGUAUAGUAAAUCAUCAGAAUAUAUGAUGUAGCUCCUUAAUUGUCGCAAUAUAAGUUGCUCUACGUUAUAGGGAAAGGAGGUUUCAGUAGGGUAUGGAAGGUGAAAUGCUAGAGAAAGUAUUUCGCGUUGAAGGAGAUGAUAAAAUCUAAGUAGGGUUCUCAACUAUAUAGAAAUUAGAAUAAUCGAAAAACAAUCUAAUAAGAGUGUGAUGAACGAGAGAAUUCUGCUUUAAAAACUAAAUCAUUCGUAUUAUAUUAAUCGAGAUAGAUUUCUAGUAAAUAUGAGGGGAGCAUUUUAAACAUCCACACAUUUAUACAUAGUUAUGGACUACAUGGAAGGUGGAGACCUUAGAUAUCAUUUGUGUAGGCAGGGCAAAUUCACUGAAGAACAAACAAGUAGCAAUUCUAAUUUGAUAUCUAAAGGGUUUUUUGUGAUCUGUAUAUUGAUGGCUCUCCAAUAUUUGCAUAAAAACCUUAUCCUUCAUAGAGACAUUAAACCUGAGAAUCUGGUAUUUGAUGAUAAGGGUUAUCUUCACAUAACUGAUUUGGGCAUUGCCAGAAUAUGGAAGCCCAACAAUAAGAAUGAGACUAGCGGAACUCCUGGAUACAUGGCUCCGGAAGUAAUGAUGGAAUCUGACCAUGGAGUAGCUUGUGAUUACUUUGCCUUAGGUUGCAUUGUCUACGAAUGUUUGACUGGGAAAGUAAUCCUAUUCAAUUAAAAUAAAGAGACCUUAUUAAGGGAAAACUAGAAGGCAGAUUAGAGAGUUGAUAAUGAGCAAAUAGGUGAAACUACCCAAUCUAGGCUUAUCCAAAGAGGUUACUGAUUUUGUGAGUAGAUUACUUUAGAGGAAGGCUAUUUAAAGAUUAGGCAAUGAAGGUCCAGAUGAAGUGAUGAGUCAUGCAUGGUUAAAAAAUGUCGAUUGGAACAGACAUUAUGAUAAAUUAGUAGAAGCUCCCUAUAAGAUUGUAGGGAAGGAUAAUUUUGAUUCUAAGUUUGUGAAUCAAGUGUUGAGUAUUAGUGAGUACAAGGAGGAACGGGAUCAAAAUAAUUUGUUCUAAGGAUUCACUUACUUGGAAAACAAUGAUGAACAAUAGGCUACAGAUAUUUACACUAGUAAAUAAAAGCUAUUAUUAUCUACUAAAUAUUAUUGA